CUUCCACCGUCUCCCUGUUUUUUCCCUUCUCCUCCUCCUUCAGAACGACCCUCCCCCGAUCCUCAUUCUUUUCCUGUCUUCAAACUCCCUGACGAUAAUAUCGUGCUCCCCUCUGCUAGCUCAGAAGGGGUUCUUUCUUUCCCAUCUUUGCAGCACAACUAGAUAACAUCCUGGGAUACUCCCAGCUUGAAGACGUGAACCGCAGUCAUGUUUACCUUCAGAUCUCACAGCCUCCUGGUGGGGCUUGUUAUCCUCGUUGCUCUGGCUUCUCCAGCCUUUGCUUUCGGUGCUGGUAACAUUGCUUCAAUCUCCAAGGUCGAAGGUCAAAACUGGCGCCACGGCGAUAUCACCGAUGCACUCUUGAUCCUUUCGCAGGCUAAGGCCCUCAAUGGCAAGAAGUUCAACAAGAUCAACGUUUCGCGAGUCUACUUUGGAAACUGGCUUCGAGAUUACUCUCAGGCCAUCGAUGUCGGUACUGUCAAGUCGGUCUCUGCUGAGGCCAUCCGUCUUCUACUUUGUGUCCUCGGUUUCAUGACCUUCGGCUACGGCUCUGGAGAGUUCGAGGUCACUGCUGAGCGACUCGGAUGCUACCGCCCUGAGGACCACAUCGACAACCCCAAAGACUACGCCGAGAAUGUCGAUGCCCGUCAGUAUGAUGAACGCCUCCGUGGGCCAGUCGACGAGGAUCGAGAACUGGCUAUCGACCCUGAAACAGGAAUGAAGAACUACAUUGCGAACGAGCGUGCACGUAUCAUGACCUCCGCUAGGCACGUCAAGAAGCUCUUUACUGGUACUAUCGAGCUUGGUCGUCGAUACAAGGACUCUCAGCGAAAGGCAGACAAGUACGAGGCUCUCCGCCUCAUGGGAACUGGGCUGCACUGCCUGGAAGAUUUCUUUGCCCACAGCAACUACUGUGAGCUGGCCCUAAUUGAGCUCGGAGAGCGUGAUGUCUUCCCCCACGUUGGUCGUAACACACAGAUCGAAAUUGAGGGUGCCCGUGGUCCCGUCUAUCCUAUUGUCACUGGCACUUUCGGUGGUGUUGACUUCUUGCACUCAGUUACUGGUGAAGUGUCCGACAAGCUCACUCAGAACGAAAUUGAGGAGCUCGAGGGUACUCUCCAGCAGGGUGCCAAGUCUGACACCAGCAUGCUUCGUGACCUUCUGGAUAAGAUCCCUGAUGGCAUCUUUGGGGAUAAGCACCAGAGUGACCGGGUCGACGAGCUCCAGAACAAUGCUGCUGCUGCUCAGAUGGAGAACACCACUGUGUCUCCUCGUGAUCCCGAGGAAUUCACCAUCUACAUCCAGAAUGUCUUUAAGCAAGUCAUGCCUGCUAUUGAAUUCCACGAUGACAUCAUGAAGAGCAUUUCGGGUGCUAUUGAGAAGAUUCCUGUGCUCCCCAAGAUCAUCGAGCAACUGGAAGAACAGCUCUCCGUCUUCAUCUUCUCCAUCAUUGCUCCUUUCAUUGUUCCUCUCAUCCAGCAGAUCCGCAAUGAGCUCAAGACUGGUUCUGAUGAGAUCAUUGCUAGCAGUGAGCGUGAGCAGCACAUUGUCUUCCACGACGAUGAUUCUAGCAACCCCACUCACUCUAUGCUUUCCAAGGAUCACUUUUCCAACAUCUUGAACGAGAUUGCUGGCCGAAACGCUGCUGCGGUGGUGCAAUGGGUUGUUCCUCAGCUCAUGGAUGCUAUCGAUGACGAGAGUGUCGACGUGGAUAGACUCCUCGACGAUAUCGUCAACGGUGUGAUGCAUCAUCCUGCUCAGCGUGACCUCGGAAGCCGCAAGGUUCAAGAGGGUCGUCGCCGCUCCUACGAAGGUGUCAAGGAGUGGUGGAACAACAUGGGUGACCGCCAGCGUGAUGAUUACCGUCAGAAGCUGACCCGAGAAGGCGUUCAGAAUGGUGAGAACCACAAGGAGGGUGUUGUCGACACUGGUCACGGCCACGGAUGUGCUGGCAAGCUACAGAUGCGAAAGCUGUACGGCGGUGGCCCUGAGACCCUCGAGGACAAGAUUGCUGGUGCUGCGGCCGACGCUAUCUUUAAGGGUGCUACCGGCGCCAUCUCUGGCAUGGUUGAGCAGAACACCGGCUACAAGAUGCCCUCUUCUUCCCGUAAGGAGGAGAAGGAGGAGAGUGGUCUCAGCGGCUUCCUCAGCCAGGCUGGCUCCAUCCUUGGCGGUGCUUUCGGCAGUGAUGAGACUAAGAGACAGUCCAGCAGUCACCGCGAGGAUGAUGGUUCCUACACUAGAACUGAAGUAGAGUAUGGUCGCCACGGUGAUCGCUACGGCCAGGCUGAGUAUUCUCAGACACAGCGCCCUGACGGUAGCCAGCAGUCGGAGUAUCGUCGAUACGAGCAGCAAGACUCCUCGGAUGGCCGUCACACCGGUGGCUAUGGCUAUGAGGAGCGAACUGAGACUCACCAGAGUUACUCUGGAGGCUACGAGCAGCGCACUGAGCGACAUGAGUACUCCGGCUCAACUGAGAGCCACGGCCGUCGUCGUGAUGAUGAUGACGGUGGCUACGGUGGUCGUCGUCACGAUGAAGGCGGCUAUGGUGGUGGUAGCAGCUACGGCCGACAGGAGGAGAGCAGCUAUGGCGGAAACAGUGGUUACGGUCGCCAAGAGAGCAACUACGGUGGCAACAGCAGCUAUGGACGUCAAGAGGAGAGCAGCUAUGGUGGAGGCUAUGGAGGAAGCCAUGAACGCCGCGAUGAGGGCGGCUACGGUGGUCGUAGUGGUGGUUACGAGCGUCGUGAAGAGGGCGGAUAUGGCGGCAGUGGUGGCUAUGAGCGUCGAGAGGAGAGCGGCGGUUACGGUCGCCGUGAGGAGGGUGGAUAUGGGGGUGACAACUACGGACGCCGAGAUGAAGGUGGCUUUGGCGGAGGCUCUGCUGAUGAGUAUCUUCGACAGAGCCAGGGACGCCAUGGACGUGAGCGCCGUGGUAGCAACGAAUAUGACGAUAAUGGCUAUGGUGGUGACCGACGUUGGUAAAUUGUUGAACAGCACUGCGGUUGGGAAAACUCUCAGUGAGGGGAGUUCACCAUCAUGCCUAGAUAACAGAAUGUCGAACCAAAUGAAGGACAAGAAAUGAAAUUAACGGUUGAAUUAA